AAGCAUAAUGUCGAUGGAGGUGUUAACAACUGCUCGGAUGGUACAACUAAUUCACAACCAAACGCAGCUGGCUUGACAUUCAGUCAAAAGCCUCAAACCGCUUCAACAAGCAUGGAAAAUGAAUCUAACAAAAAUAGAAAGCAUGAGGAUAAUGAUGGCGCUUCAAUUUCCAGUUCAUUUUCGAUUAAAGAUCUCGCAGAGAAAUUUCUAUAGCAAAAGCAAACCGGCUCAAUAUCUGUAGCCAAAAAGAAAAGUAGUUUGAAACUAUCAAAUUUAAAUACAUCUGAAGGAAAUCUUGGGAAAAACAAUAGCUUACAUUAUAUAAAUGCUAAACAAGAUGAAAUGGUUUCCGGAAAUUUAAAUCAUAUUAUUGCUCCCACAGUACCAAUAUACUCUCCUCAUUCACCGAUGCAUCCCAAUUCUUAUUACCAUAUGCAACAAAAAAAACUUUCUGGCAGAUAUAUUUUAAAUAAAGUGGAUCAAAACGAUUCCGGUAACAAAUUAUUCGACGGCGAAUAUUUAAGAGAUAUAAAAAACCCCUUUAGCAAUCGAGUUACAGGUCUAAAAAUUAGCUGCAAUAAAUCACAUAAGGAUGUAGUAGUUAAAGAAUCAAAAUGCUUUCAAUUUGCAGAAAAUCAUACAUCGAACAAAAGUGGUCGGGAUUGUAUGUCUAGUGAAGAUAAUGCAUAUUGCGAAGGUAGUAAUUUGGAUCGUCUAGUAACAAUACCUACACACGAUGCUCUUAAAAUAAUUUCCACAAAUGAUUUAUCAGAAAAUUCAUCCCUUAAAAACUCUACUUCACUUUUCUUUAAGCAAACUAUCCAUGAAAGGACAUUGAUUGCCUUGAAUGGUAACCCAAAACUAUUGGGUCCUGGAGAUCACGACAAUCAAGGACGUCGCAACUACACAUUUACCUAUUCCAAAUCAGAACAGACCUCACCUAAUAAGUUAGAUACGAAAAAAUGUUUUAAUGAUAAUAAUAAAAGAAGUGCAGUAUUUGCACUUAAUAGCUUUUCGUUGGAUCCGUGGACAAGAAAUAAUAAAUUACAGAAUAAAAAACAAACUGAAGAAUGUAAAAAUUCAGACGAUCCAUGGAUUAGACGUUCCACAAACUAUUAUGCUCCAGCAGGAUAUAAUGAAAAAACAAAGAAUAGGCAUAACAAAGCAUUUGUUUGCUUCACAAAGGAACAUGUUGCCGAGACCUCUAAAACAAGUAGCAAUUCAGGACAACAAUCCGAUUCAUUCAAGCACAGCACUCCAAGAUUUCAUGAGAACAUAGCUUCGGCUCCACCUUCUCCACACUUUUUUAUAACUGAUAAUGACAGCUCGACUUUAAAUCAUUUAUCGAAGGCGACUGGAUUACAAACCAAAUCCGUUAGUUUUUCGCCUGCCAGGGGAAAAAAAUUUAAAAACCCAUUUAUUGAUGUUUCAAUGGAAAUAAGCUAUGCAGGAUCCCGCGAUCAAUCAAGACACUUUGAAAAUCAGAAUCUACUAAGUGUUAAUAAUUCAAAAAUGUUACAAAACAGACAUAGCUUUACAUCAAUAUCUCAGCAGUCUAGUGACGAGUUACAGUUAAAUAUUCGUCGAUUGUCUGAGCAAAUCGGCCAAAUAUCAAACAAGCUUGUCCAAUAUUCAUUAAGCGAUUGCAAUGUAAGUAAUAAAGGAAAUUAUAUUCACACUGUCAAUCAGCAAAUUCAAGCGGUUGACUUGCACUUGUCGCAAACAAAAGGAUUACAUGCGAGGGACUAUAAGCAUAGUAAGGAACUUACAAAACACAAGGAAAAUCCUCGCGAAACAAAUCAAAAGUCAAAAUACUUUGCUGCAAGUAGCUAUCAAAGAUCUGAUCCACUGCUCGAAACCACCUGUUAAAAAUAUUGUUUAAUAAUACAUAAGAUUUUGGCAGCGUAGAUAUAUCCCUGACUUUUAAAUAAAUUUUUUGAAAAUAUGUAGCAUGUACAAAAAAAUUGAUUGUUUUAUUAGCAGUCGAAAUAAGCAUUUAGAUGAAUUGUAAUAAUAUUUAUGCUUACCCUAACAUACAUAUGUAUAAAUACAUCUCUUAUUUCCUUUACACAGCCGUACUAUAUUUAUUGACAAACUAUUACUAAAU